AUGGCUCUGCGUGCGCGGCCACACACCGCCGUCAUGGCUCUCUCCAUCCGCCAGUCCGUUGCGCGCCCCCCCCCCUUGGCCACCUCCCCUUCCCCUUACGCCAGCUUCUCUUUCCCUUGCCCCUUGCCCCUUGCCCCUUGCCCCUUGCCCGCCCCUCCCCCCCUCGCCAGCGGGGUGCGCGGACGGCGUCUCCGACCGCUCCCCACCUCCCCCAAGGCAGAUGGCGCGGGGGGCGGAGCAGGGAAAGGCGGGAGGGGCGGGGGGGGCGAGGUGGGGGCGGGGAGCCUGCCAUGGCCGGCGGUGUUUGACAAGAGCGGCAGCCUGGCGCUGGUGGGCGCGCCCUCGGGCCACAUCCUCGUUGCCUCCGUGCCCGAUGCUGCCCUCCUCGCCGCCAUCCCCGGCGUGCCCUCCCCCGCGGGCGGCAGCAGCGGCAGCACUGGAUGGGCGGCGGCGUGCAUCCGCCAGCUGGCGCUUAGUCGUGACGGGCGGUUCCUGCUGUCCAACUGCACAGACCGCGUGCUGCGCGUCUUCUCCCUCGCCACCAGCCGCCCUCAAUGGCGCGGAGGGCAGCGGCGCUGGCGGGGAGACCAGGGGGGCGAAGCAGAACUGGGAGAGAGGCGGAGAGCGGAGCUGGGGAGUCAGAGCACAGUGAGCGCGGGGGCGGGCGAGCAGGGGGUAGCAAGGCGGGCGGGGGGUGGCCGAGUGCAGACGAGGUCGGUGGCACGGGGCAAGCAGCGGGCAGUGGUGGCAGUGACGUGUGUGAAGGAGUAUCAGGACGCCGUGAACCGCGUGCACUGGCGCAGCGCCUGCUUCAGCGGCGACGGCGAGUUCGUGGUGGGCGGCGUGGCGGCGCGUGGCGAGCACAAGAUCCACAUCUGGAACCGCGCCUUCGGGCAGCUCGUGCGCAUCCUGGAGGGCCCCAAGGAGGCCCUGGCGGACCUGGUGUGGCACCCCACGCGCAAGGUGAUGGCGUCGCUGUCGGGCGGCGGCAGCAUCUACCUGUGGGCGCAGGACUACCGUGAGAGCUGGAGUGCCUUCGCGCCUGACUUCCGUGAGCUGGAGGAGAACGAGGACGCAGGGGAGGAGGGCGGUGGAUGGGAGGAGGUGGACAUAGAGAGGGUGGAGGCGCCGGAGGAUGCAGAGGAGAGCAAGGGCAGGGGGGCAGGGCGCGGAACAGGGAGGGUGGGAGUGAUGGGGAGGAGAGUGGUUCGGAGGGGGGAGGAGGGGGAGGGGCAGGGCAGUGGCGGGGCUGGCGCUGACAGUGACUCAGAGGGGCGGGGGGCAUCAGGGCGGGGCAGGCGGGCGGCGGCGGCUGUCAGAGAAAGCAGCAGAGAUGGUGGGGGGGGGCAGGAGGGAGGGCAAGGGGGAGAAGCGGGAGGGGCGGGGGGACAAGAGAGGGGGAGGGGGGGAGAAGAGCCAUAG